CGCUGCGCCCAACGGCAGCGCAAAGUGGAGCGUCCCCGAGCCCAAGGCGCAGCCGCCCAAAGUCGGACCUCUGAUCGAGGGCUUUGGCGAUUCUUUCGCGCCGGCUGCAACCGUGUCGAGCCCGCCGAACCUGCCCAAGCGGCCGACGCCGCCGAGCGUGUCACCCGAAGGCAGUGGCAAUGCGACGGGCAGUGGCAAUGCGACGGGCGAACGCGCGAUCGACAAGAACCUGCUUCGCGCUGCGUCCGAUGCGCCUUCACCCGCGCCUUCGCCGCUGCGCCACAGUCCUGCGCUGCCGGGCUUCAGCGUGGCGCCAAGCCCCGCUGCCUCGCCGCUGCCACCGUCCAAAGCGAGCCCGAUGGAUGGUGCGGCGUCAAAGGCAUCGCCGCGCGACGAGCUCACCGACCGCUUCCCGAGCCUUGCUGAUCUCGACGCUCGCUUUGCAUCGCCCAGCAGCGGCGCUCCUGCCGAUACGGCCAGCACUGCACCUCGCGUCAGCGUUCCCGGGCUUGCGAAUCGUGCCAGUGUCGGGGCGAUGGCGGGCCGAUUCGAGAAGCCGUUUGAGCCGCAGCGUCCCGGCUCCGGGCGUGCACCGCUGAGCAAAUCCGCCACCAUCUCGGCGUUUUCGUCAGGCGACGCGACCAAGGCGCGCUCGGGGAGCGUGUCGAAGCGGUGGCAGCCGUCGGUGCUUGCGCACGACCAGCUGUCCAAGAAGCCCGAUCUGCCGUCGAGCGCACCGGUGCUGCGCAAGACGCCCGCCUCGAGGGACUGGCUCACUGGCGAUGCGUCCGACGACGACGAAAAGCGCACGCCGCCCGAAGCCAAGCCAAAGAUCAUCGCCACGCCGCUGCGCGCGCCCGAACAGCGGGGCGAUGUGGACGGGCAGGAGAUCGAGCACGACGAGCAGUCGUCUGACGACGACGUCGCAGAGCCGGAGGAGGCGAGUGCCCAGCGACCCGAGCUUCCACCUCGACUCGGUGCGGACCGACCAUCUUCCUUGACUGCAUCCGCACCAUCCGCAUCGGACACAGCUGCACCUGCCAAGCCCGAGCGGCCGCGCAUCGUACCUGGGCGCGUCAAGGCGCCAUCGUGGCUGGUGGACGCCGUGGACUCGCCGACUGCAGCCGAGCGCUUGAUCUCGCCGUCGAGCGCACACGCAGGUCCGCUGUCGCCCGGCGGCGACAUUACCGACGCGAGUGCAGCCGAGCAGCUCGAUGCGGCUGCGCUCAGCGCGCAGCACCAGCUGGAAGAGCUGCUGCGUGGUCCCUCGGACGCUGCCACCCCUCCCGCUGCCACCCCUCCCGUCGCCGCUGCCGCCGCCGCCGCCGACGACGACGAAGAGGCGAGCCCAGUAAUACCACCUGCCAAAGUCAAGGCGCCUGCAUGGGACGACGACGACGACGACGAGAUGCACAAGCUCGCGCAGCCCAUGCGUGCCGGUCCCGAAAAGCUGGUGGAUGUGGCCACGUCGCCCAUCGACGAUGUUGCGCCGCGCAUGGCGUCGCUCGAUGUGGCCGACGCGGCUCCGCCCCCGAGACCGGCGAGCAUUGUGGCGCAGCGCUCGCAUCAGUUUACCGCCCCGUCGGUGGAGCCUCGACGGCCGACACCCAUCCGGCCCAAAAAGGGCGAGGGGCUGGCGAGGUGGUCCGCGUCGAGCAACAAAGCUGGCGGCGUCAAGGUCGGAGUCGAUGGAGCGGGUGCCGACGCCAAGCUGGGUGGCGUCGGAAGCAGCCGCGAUUCGGGCACCCACCGCGCCUUCUCGCGCGACUCGGGCGUUGGCGGUGGGAUGAAGCCGUGGGAGCGCGAAGCAGCACUCUCUGCGGCGGCACUGCACUCUUCCGUGGUGAAAAACACGGCGCUGCCACCGGCGUCCACUUCGCUUCACACUGCCACCUCGUCGUCGGGCGACGAUGGUGAGACGGACCGCUUCAGUGGUGUUUCGAGCCUCAUCUCGCGCUGGCAGCACAAUGUGGAAUCCAACGCGCCCGGAUGGGGCCACGUCGGCAACCCCCGUCGCUAG